UCGUGGGAAGCGGAAUACAUCUCGCAAUCAGAUCGAAUAAAUGCUGAAUACUUUAAAUUCAAUAUUUCGAGCGUUAAGUGUGCGAUAAAUAUUCAUCGGGCACUCCGACACAUUUAUCAAGAUUAUAUUCCGAAAGAGGGGUUCCAGGAAUUUCGCGAGAUAACAUCGCCAAGUAAUACGGUCCUGGAGGCGGUCUGUGUGUAGUCGGAAGCGACGUUUCAGCCGCGCAUGUGAACGAGGAGCCGCGCGGGCGCCCGUGUGCUCCGUUUCGCCUCGAUCCUCUCACAUAUCUCUUUUUUUUCCCUCCCGGCCAACGUCGUUGAUCCCGGGCGUAAUAUCCCGCACGUCGUCCAGCUGGUCCAUCCACCGGCCUAUCGUUGCACCGUGCGUGCGAGUGCCGAGGCGCUAAUACACGCGUGGUGAGCAAGACGUGGCGAGUUUAUCGGACUGCGGGCUUUGACCGUCGUUACAGUUUUCACUGUGCAUCGCAUUGACCCGACCAACCGGCGGCCGGGUGUCGUCUACCGCCAACGCACAUCGCGGCGGACGGGUCCGGCUUCCGCGAGCACGUCUGAACCUCGGGCACGUGUGCCUUCGGUGCGUGCGUGCGUGCGUGCGUACAUGCGCGCGUAGUACGACGGCGACGCACGCGCGACGAGGUCGCGGGCGGUCGACCGACCGACCGAUCAACGACGUGGUGAAUGACGUCGGGAGGAGUUGCGUCGGCGGAUUUUCGGAGCAGCAAACAAAUCGCUCAUUAGAUCGAGUGCGUCGCAGUGCGCGAGGCUAGAUUCGCCGUGGGCAAAUCCUUUCGCGUAAACACGGCCGAGGUAGUAUUCAGACCGCCUCACCUAACAAUCGAUAACCGCGCUCGCUCGAUUUCCGCGACCCCGUCGGGAAAUUGAGGCGGCACGCCAAAAAUAUCGAACGGCGUUCGCUCGGGGCUCUUUCUUGGAUUUAUCACUCACGAAGCUGUUGUACACGCGGUGUCUGCCUCUCUCUCGACUUCGUGAUGCUAGGCUGAGUCGUGCAUUAAUUGUUAUAGAAGAUAAAAUCUCAAAGAAGAGAGUGGCGUGUCUUUUAAUUCUCUCAAUCGUAUUGCUUUACGAUACUGUUUAUAGUAUUCUCCUUCAUUUUUUUUUUUUUUUUUUGUAUAAUGAACGAAGAUUGAUGAGCCUAAGAUUUUAAUAAAUCAUCCUCCAGUUUUAAUAUCGCAUUCGAGAAGCUAAGAGUAAAAGACUGAAAGUUGCAUCGCGAACAACAAAAGUUCUCAGCAUUGCGCCUGACUAAUACUAAUGCUGUAUCCCUGGAAAAACUAUCGGGAGCAAUUGAUACAGAGGGGAGUGUUCCAGUCGGGAACAGUGUUUAUUUUUCUCACGUGCUAUGCGCAUCGUUCCACGUGCUGCCGGGCUCAAUAAUAGCAAAACCGGAGGCUGCAACGCGAUUUUUACACCAGAUGCUGUAUAUGAGUCACGCAACGCAUAUACGGUAUUGAUACUGACAAACGGAUAUCACGUGUACGAGUUCCGCUGAAAAUCCCAAUCAACAAAGGCGCAUUAAUCGCGCACUGUUUCAUAACAGCACGAAUCAUGCAUCUGAACAUAAUAUUGCUGUCGACAUUGGUGGCCUUCGUCGCCACCGAGAGCAUUUUAAUGACGGAGGUCUUUGUCAUUCCCAUCAGACCUGAGACUUUCGACUGGAAUACAGAUGGACACAGUGAUCAAUUUUCGUAUCAACCUUCCUUACUGAACGCCCCCGAUCUGCCAUCGUGGAUACAUUACACCUACAGCAAGAAGGAUCAUCACGGUUUUUUAUACGGCGUCGCGCCAAAAGAUCAAAAGUAUUUUCAGCUGGAGAUCGUGGGAUUGAACAAACACACCUACGAAACCCGUUAUAAAGUGCUCGACAUGAACGUACUCGAGAGAGAGAAUCUGACCAAGUACGAGGUGCAUCUGAAAAUCGACAAUCUAAAUGUGGAGGAUAUGUUUGAUCGCAAUCGUACUCAAAAGCUCCUUGAUAUAUUCAGGAAGAAAUUGUGGAAAGGUGCUGCGGAUCUAUACGUAACUUUUUUGGCGUCUGCGAUUGAGCUUGGAGCUCGUUUACCGUUGAAACCCAGCGAAGGCGAAGGAGUCGUCGUAAGACUGGGUAGUACGGUGCCGUUCUCUCAGGAAUUGAAUGAGUUGCAAGAGGAAGUCAAACCGCUAUGGAAAAUGCCAUCGUGUCCCAGAGAUUUCAAGAGGACCAGCGUGGAGAUACUUUUCCGAGAGGCUGAGUUCAGAUUGGAUUGGUGUUCCUUCAGAUUAUUGCAGGAGGAUCAGCAGAGUCUACAGCACGAGAGCGCCCGGAGAGGUCCUAGCGCGAACGUCGUGGGUCUACCCUCGUCGGGCAUCUCCGAGCACACGGAGUGGCGGUGGGCCCGUUCGACGAAAUCUAGCAUACCUACGAGAAGCUACUUCAAGGAAAUCGCCACCACGAUUUUCGUGCCGGUCGUACUGCUUCUCGUGCUAGGCGCCUUACUGAGCACCGCUUUCUGUCUACAUCAUGAAAAAAUGACGGAUCCGGAGUCGGAUGAAUAUUUCGAUGAACUCUUUAAUAUUUUCCUUUUGAGAGAACAACCCGUCAGCGAGAAACGGGAAUCUACGCCGGGGGAAGGAGUCGGAAACAACGGAAUACAAAUGGUACAGUACGCUAUGCCGGAGAGAGGUACUCUGAAAUCCCUGUCAGCUCAACCAUCGAGUCCGAACGAUUCUCUGUCGCGAAGUCCAAGGCUCUCCGGCGAACGCUGCAAUCCCUACAUUCGUCCGAAUCCGCCACCCUACGCCGGACCGAGUAACUUCCCCGGUCUACGCGCUGAUUUCUGACUACACGAGCAGCCCGCGAAAACUUGGUUUUGCUAGUGCUAUAAAGCAUAAUUCGCGGGCGGCUUUUAACUCGACGUUCCGAGAAAGGUGUACGAGCCAAAGUGGGUAUUGCAAACUCAUCGAAACCGGCACCAAAUUUGCAAGUUGAAUCACAUCAAAUACGCACGUUGCUUAUUAUCGGUAACCAUAAACAUGUAGUGCGUCAUGCUUUCCGAGCAAUAUAUCAGCGGUUUGCUACGUUAAGUGUUUCCCACUCUGGGAAGGCGAUUUACGUUCGAAAAAAUUUUCGGAAUUUACCUGCCGUUAAAAAUAGGAUGGAUAGGAUAGCGUUAUAUGAAAGAGCGGUUUUCCAAGUAGCAUGGUAUAAAAUUAUUCGUAUCGUAAUAAAAUAAAUUUUGUGUAACACACGAGAUUGUACUUCAUAAUAAUUGUAGCAAAAUUUCUACUGAGAAAAUAAAUGUGUGACACUGAAAA